AUGAAUGUCUGUGCUGACUGUUUUACUGCUUUGUCAAAGCAGGAUAGUGUGCCUCGUUUUGCGCUCGCGAAUGGCUUGUAUCGUGGUGAGCUCCCGACGUAUUUCAAAGACUUGACUUGGGUAGAAGAGAAGAUCUGCGCAAUAUACAAUACCACGGCGCAUGUGACGCGCUUGUUCCAGUUGUCGGAUCCAUUGCAGCCGAAAGUUUUUCAUGGCAACAUUUGUGCUCAUGACAUGAACAUUGUAUCCACCGUGUCUGUGUUGCCUCGGACUCCUGCAGACGUGAAUGGAUUCCUCAGCAUUGUCUUUGUUGGUCCUGGUAAAUUCAAGCCCGACCAGAUGGGUCCCAUGUUUCGAGUGCGGAAGGAUAAAAUCUGGUCUUUUCUUGUUUGGUUAAAGCAUCACAAUCGAUUGUAUUCCGAUAUCCUACUUGAACCGGAUAAUCUGAUACUUUAUCCAGAUGACGACAUGUUGCCUGGAUUAUCUGAUCGUGUGGUUGAAAAU